AUGGACGAUGUGCAGCCUAAGGCCAAAACCAGGCCACACUCGUCUAGGCACGUGCCGGGACAGAAUAUGGCUUUUCGAAUCCCGAACUACAAAAAGGACCCCCUAGCGUACGAGUCCGAACCGUCCGAACAUGUCUAUCAUUCCCGCCGGUCUCAUCGGAAAUCCCGCGCCGGCUGUGUGAACUGUAAGCAACGAAGAGUCAAGUGCAAUGAAGCAAAACCCCAUUGCCUCCGAUGCCAAAAACAUGGCGUCGAGUGUGACUACUCGAGCCAGCUAGCUCGACCUCAAAUGACCAAUAAGAUUGUUUCCAAAUUCAUCAAAACCAGCCCCGAGUUGGUCUCGAUUGAUUCUCUAGCUUCUUCAAUUUCCCUAAUGAUGGUCGCGGAUAAGUUGAAGGAAUUACUGCAAUUACCCUCUGAUACCGGUACCAAGCUGCCGAGAGCACUUACAGAUGCCUCGGCAUCAGCCCGCACUCUUGAAGCAUUGCAUCAUUUCCACAAAGCUCCAGCCUUUGCAACCGAAUGCCAAACACCUAUUCGCAUAGUAAUGGGUAAAGUGGUUGAACUUGCAUUUGAGAGCCCUUUCCUCAUGCACGCCAUAAUAGCAGCUGCAACAACCCACCUCUGCACCCUCCUCCCAGACAACAAAGCCUAUCGCCUCGCAGAAGCCUACCACUGGCAACAAACAAUAAACCAAUACUCGACCGAAGUCUCGACAAACAUAACCCGCGCAAACAUGGACAAGUUAUACUCCACCUGCCUGAUGAUCAGCAUGCACUCCUUCAUCCAAGAAACCUUCAACCCGCGCGCCUCCUUCGUCUUCUCCACCGACCCCACAGCGCUAACCUGGCUCCGCCUGCAAAUCGGCCUGCGCUACUUAAUCGAGUGCACGCUGCCCUGGCUCCCGCAGAGCAUGUGGUGGACUGUAUUCAUGACAUCGCGGGAUCCGUCCCUGGACUUCGAGGAUACGCGUCCUGGUCGUGUGGGUCUUGAUCCGGACUUGGCAAAUCUUUGUGGGAUUCGAGAUGAUUCGACUGUUGAGGAGAAUCCGUGUUUGUGGCCUUUGAGGAUGCUUAUGCAAUUGUUGCCGUUUGAGAGGAAGGCAGAUAGUUUUAGGGUUUAUAAUACUUGGAUGGGGAGGUUGGAGAAUCCGUUCUAUGAGUGUUUGCUUAGGAAGGAGACGCCGGCGCUUGUUGUGUUGGCUUGGUGGUUGGGGCUUAUGUGUUAUGUUGAGGAGUGGUGGGUUGAGAUGAGGGUUCGCUCGGAGUGUACGGCUAUCUGUAUGUUUCUUGAGGAUAGUUCUGAUCCGUUGGUUUUGAAGUUGUUGGAGUUUCCAGCGUCGUGUUGUGGGUAUUUGCUUAGGCAUGAGCAGGAAGGGGCUAGGUUUCUUGAGCUGGAUUGA